AGCGAACUCUGAAAUCGACUCCCGGUAGGACUUCCCUGAGAGGUGUAGACAUCUAAAAUGAAAGCUGCAAGCGUCGUGGUUCUAUUAGCUGUUCUUCAGAAUAUUGCAGCCAUAACCGUGAUCUUCGAGGACAAAUACAAUGAUGUCCAUAACCUAAUAUUUAAACAAUACAGGAAUCUCGCAUUUCCCGAGGCCGGGAUUACCGAUAUCCCGCCUGAUGGACGGCAUUACGGUAUGCAUCGGCAGAACGUAAUGUCGCAUUUUCACAAGAAUACUAGAAGAAAAGAAGACAAGUAUAAUAGCGCGCGGUCCUGGAAAAAUGGUGUAAGAAUAAAAAGAGAUCUUGGGUCUGGCAACAUUAUGAUUACACAGCAUUUUGGUGACAAAAUUGUAACACCAGGCGAAGAUAUAAGUCUACACUGUACAGCAACUGGUGACAGGCCACCGAGGUUUAUAUGGGAAAGAGAUGGUGUCGUAGUUUCAACUAAUACUGACUCAAGAUACAUUUUAGGUCAAAUGAUGUCGUCAUCAGGAGUGGGCGUGAUAUCCCAUCUCAAUAUAUCGAGGUCUCGUGUUGAGGAUGGAGGCCUAUACUCUUGCGUUGCGUAUGAGAGCGACUCCUCUUUACGGCACUCAGCUAGAAUUGAUGUUUACGGUCCACCGUAUAUUAGAACACUUCCCCCAAUAAAGGUGCAGAGUGGAGACGGCCUCAAACUAAAAUGUCCUUAUUACGGAUAUCCCAUAAGUAAACUGGAAUGGGAGUACAAGGGAAAGAAAAUCUCGAGCGCAGUACUGCCACAACAUAGCAGAUACAGGCGUACCAACAUGAAGAAAAUACGGAGAAAACGGCAGAUUUUGGACGCGAGCGAAGACGGGGUACUCAACAUACCUCGGAUACUCAAAGAGGAGAAUGGGGAUAUGUAUACUUGCAUUGUAUAUAGUCCCUCGGGAGAAAUGGCUAGACGGUCCUUUGAAAUACAGGUAGUGGAAGCGCCAGAGUUGGACGAGUUGCGAGUUGGUUCAGGACUGAAGGAGGGACAAAUUGUCCAAAUAACGUGUAAUAUUAUAAGCGGAGACCCACCUAUUUUCUUCUCCUGGUUGAAGGAUGGUAUGAAAAUGCCUCCUAGCUUAAAGAUAACAGAAAGAAGUUCGGAGCUGUUCAGCGUGUUGAUAAUAAAGCGCGUGUCGUUAGAGCACUGUGGAAAGUAUACUUGUAUUGCCACCAAUCACGUUGGGAAAGUGAAUCAGUCAACAGAGCUCUAUAUAAAUGUUGCCCCGAAGUGGAUGGAAGAACCGACCAAUACGUCUCUGUUGUUAGGACAACGAGGCGUUGUGUAUUGCAACGCACAAGGCUACCCCAUACCACAAAUACAUUGGAUGAAACGCGAUGCAACUCUGGGAAUUUGGCGACCAGUGUUGGAUCUGGCUGGAGGAGGUGUCAGCAGUUACCCCAACGGAACUCUUAUUAUUGAAGUAGUGUCGCUCGCUGAUGAAGGACUGUACGCCUGUCAUGCUGAUAAUGGAGUUGGGGAGGCUUUGAGUAAUAAUCUGUGGAUUAGUGUUAAUAAACCAGUCCACUUUGAAUCAAUGGGCACCAAUUUUACUACUAAAGUAGGGAUGCCGCUCACGCUCACAUGUAAGCCGCUGGGCGAUAGUCCCAUAAGAAUAAAGUGGACUUUAAAUGGCAACCUUAUUGAAUUGUCUACUUCCAGAGCCACACUCUCAGAAGGUCCUUCGACUAGUGGCAUUAAGAGCACAAUCAAUAUCAACUACGUAGAGGGCAGAGAUGGGGGACAGUAUGAGUGCAGAGCCAGUAACCCCUAUGGAGUAUCAACCUAUACGAUUCACGUGAAAAUUCUAGAGCCCCCUACACCCCCUCUAGACCUUCAAGUUGAUUCCGUGUCCAGCUCAUCAGUGAAACUGUCGUGGCGCGACACCAUAGUCGCUCAUGUUCAGUAUUAUAACGUGCAGUAUACUACAAACCACUUCAACGGAUGGGAUACGGCUAAGACCAUGAACAUAACACGACAUGACAUGGACAUUCGUCAAAGUAUAGAGCUACGUGAAUUACAACCAGCCUCCGAGUACAGAGUGAGAGUAUCAUCAGGAAAUAUGGUUGAUCUCAGCCCUUACACGAUGCCUGUUCACUUCACCACACUACAAGAAGCCCCAGCUUUAAGUCCCCUGAGUGUACAAGUCCAACAAACCGACAAUCCAGGGGAGCUACUCAUAACUUGGUUGCCUCCACCAAGGGAUUCCCACAAUGGUCCCCUGCAGGGCUACCAUGUGAAGGCCGUGCCAAGGAUUGCAGGGGAAACAGUACCUAAUGACACACAAACUAAAAUGGUGAAAGUGACCUCUAGGAAAGGAAAACAGGAAACGCUAAUAAGUGGUCUUUUGAAAAAUACUAGAUAUGCUGUAUCUAUAAGUGCUUUUAACUCAGCUGGGAAUGGACCAUUUUCGUUGGCUGUGUAUCAAACCACUCGAGAAGGAGCUCCAGAAAAUCCUCCUUCUAGUGUAGAAUGUCGUGGCGUUUCAUCGACUUCUGUGCGAAUCGCGUGGCAACCCAUCACUAGUCAGGGAGCAUCACUACUCGGAUACUCUGUGUAUUACAGCACUGAUGAUGGUCCAUGGCUAAACAUGACGUCACCGCACACAGAAUUAUACCUUCAAAACCUUAUGAAGUAUACAAAUUACACCAUAAAAGUAUCUGGUUUCUCCAGUUAUGGCAUGGGGCCGUUUUCAUAUCCUGUUGUAUGCACCACUUUGCAGGAUGUUCCAGGCCCUCCUUCAGCUAUAAAAUUGGUAGUCUCUUCACCGACGUCCAUUAUUGUGAGCUGGAAGCGGCCAGACCAACCGAACGGAGAAAUCACUUAUUACAAUGUUUAUGUUAAACCAGUUUCAAGCACAUCAUCACCGCAGACCUAUCGCGUGGACUCGCAAGACAGCAAUCCCUUACGUCAACACAGCUUCACAGUCAGCAACUUGCGGACUGGUUCACAGUAUGAGGUGUUCGUUCGGGCCGUUACGACUGCCGGAGAGGGCUCCGCCAGUGAUAGAGUGCAUGCUGAAUUAACGAGUAAAGUGGUUGCUGGAGUAUCAUCUCUUGGUGGGUCAAUAUCCGUGGGAGUGGGAUCCUCCCUACUGCUAUCUUGUGCCUGUGUAGGUUCUCCUGCAGCUCGCACGGUGUGGUAUCACAACCACAACAUCAUCACACACCAUCCUCGCUUCACUCGGAAUCAUGACGACAGCCUACUUAUUAAUAACAUCGACCACUCCCUGAGUGGCAACUACACCUGCCUGGCGAAAAACCUGUACGGAUCUGACUCUGUAUCGUAUGAAGUGACAGUUCUGCCUACACCCGAUCCACCAAUUCUAAGAGUUACGUCGCAUAAAAAUGCGAUAUAUUUACAAUGGGAUUAUCCUAAAAAAUCUAAUGGAAAACCACAGAAAAUCAGUUACAACCUAACAUGGAAAGAAACAAAUGGCAUCUGGCAAGAUGCCUGGGCAGACAAAGGGACAUUCCUUCAAGGCACUCAGGAGUUUACUUUGCUGGGCCUGAAGUGUGGGACGAAAUAUUCGUUGAGGAUGACAGCAUCGAACAGUGUGGGAACUUCACAACCAGCGUAUGUUGACGCUACCACUUUGGGUGGAGUUCCAAUAUCACCAACAACAACCGAAUGGUUCUGGAGCAACGCGACACACAUUUACAUACAACUAAGCGGUUGGGAUGAUAAUGGAUGCGAGAUCACCAGAUGGGAGGUGGAUUAUAGGGAGUACGGCAGUAAGAUGUGGAAACGGGCAGAAAAUCGACUGCCAAUCCUAGAUGCGUGGUCCUACACACCUGUACUGAGUCAACCGAACUCGUUUAUUCUGGCCGAUCUUAAUCCAGCGCAGUGGUAUCAAAUAAGAGUCUUAGCUGAGAAUUCAGCAGGGGUCUCAACAUCUCUCUAUAUGUACGCUACAACAACGUUGCAUGGAGAGUCAAUUGGACCGCCCUCGGAGUUCCUCGAUCUGAACAUGUGGGUGAUAAUUUGCAGCUCGAUUCUACUGACUAUAUGUCUGUUUACGUGUGUUUACAUUUUCAUCAAGAGACAUAACCACCAACGACUCACAGAGUAUAGAAACUCAUUGACAACAGAGUGUAAAUCUGAACGUAGUAACGCAACUGUCAACACGCCACAGAGUAUCCCCACUGAUGUGAACAACAGAGUAUACAGCACGCCAGUACAUCUGACAGCUGAUAACAAACAUGAACUAUAUGAAAUUAGCCCCUACGCACAAUUCGCGAUUGGUUUCCGCACAUUUGGUCAUGUGGACAACCAAGAGGCGCCGAGCAGACUUGCUGGAAAGGCGAGAUAUGAUAGUGAAACGAGUUUUCAAAUGCGAUCAGAAUCGGAAGACAGCGAUUGCGUGUCACGUACCACUACUUUGAAAAGUGCGCCCAGAAAAGCCUGCCGAAUACCUCAUCACAGGUAGCUGAAAACAAACUGCCAGAAGUAACUUUAGCAUAAUUAAUAUGCAUAUUUUAUACCGUUGGGUUCUUCUAGUCAUUAAACAUAAUUUUUUACAGAUGUAUAAAUUUAACAUUUUAAUCAUAGUACAUGUUUGUGCCAAACUAUAUUUCUUAGUGACAUAAUAUGUUUCCUUUAGCCGAUAGCAUUUUUUUAAUAUUGAAUUAUUUAUACAGUUUUUUAAAUAAUACACUGUA